AUGGCGCCUUUCUGCAAUCCUAUUUUCAAGGAUCUCUUUAUUUCCCAGUGGUUUGGUGUCAAGGGUGAGGGAAUAUGCUUUGCUGACGCCUUCAAGCACAUCCCCCAUACCACUUUGGCUCUUAUAGCCACAGCGGUUGAGUGCGCCCUCAACUCCUGGCAUAAUGGAACAAGGUCCCAAGUCAAAUUCAGUGAGAUGCAAUUCCGUGCAAGAUAUCAAUUUUACGCCAACAAGCUGGAGCGCAUGCAAAAGGACUGUCCUCACUGGAUGAAACAAUUCAAGAAGGAACUAUAUGACAGUAUUUGUAAAGAAUCUGGCCAUGAGUUGCUAGCGCCUCAGAUGGAUGAUGAGGGUAGUGGUAUUGAGGAGACCUAUGCGGACAUGGAAAAAUCAGCUUUGUCCAGGAUGGAAGGGAGCAGUGAAGGGAGGGUUGAUGACAAUGUUAGCACAUGA